CGCCGCCUUCACAGCUCCACACACGCCGGGGGAAGAGGCGCACAUCUCCCCGCUGUACCAUGCCUCCACUCCGCUGUCCCCCCGCGCCGUGCGCAGCGUCCUCCGCUCUCUGCCCCGACUCCGCGCACCUCUGAGCUCAAGCGGCAGCAGCACCACCACCACUAACACCACCACCACACACACAUCCCCGUGACAAGCAGCGCGCCAUGGCCGAGCACGGAGAGAGGAAGACGGCCGUGGCUCCACCGGUGGCUUCGUGGAAGGAUGGAGCCAGAGCAGCGAGCCCAGCACCACCAGACCGAUCCGCGGUGUCCAACGGAAACUGCGGCGUUCCGGAGGCAGUCAGGCGGGUCCAGAGCGAGUGCUUGGCCGAGGCUUGGGGGGACAGUGCCGGCUCCGACUCCGGUUCCAAGACCAUCCCGCGGCGCAGCAGUCUCAUCAAGGAGGGGUCGCGAUCUGGGCGGGACAGGAAGAAGACGGUGUCUUUCAGCAGCAGCCUGACAGAGAAGAAAAUCAGCAGCGCGGCGGACUGCAUCCAUGCCAUGGUGGAGGGCAGUGAGCUGAAAAAGGUGCGUCCAAACUCACGUGUGUACCAAAGAUACUUCUUGCUGGACACGGGGCUGCAGGCGCUGUGCUGGGAGCCUUCCAAGAAGGAGUCCGACAAGGCCCGCAUCAGUCUGGACUCUGUGAAGGAGGUGCGCACGGGGCGUAACACAGAGACGUUCCGCUGCAGUGGGGUGUAUGAGCAGAUCUCUGAGGACUGUGCCUUCUCCAUCAUCUAUGGAGAACUGUACGACAGCCUGGACCUGGUGGCUCACAGCGCAGAGGUGGCAAACAUCUGGGUCACGGGACUCAGAUACCUGGUGCAGUACGGACAGCAGGCUCUGGACAUGCUGGCGCACUCCCAGGACAGCCUGCGUGUGGGCUGGCUGGAGCACAUGUUCUCAUGUGCGGAGGAGGCGGAGCGGUUGGAGGAGGAGGACCAGGGACUCAGGCUGCUGUCCGCGGUAAGGCUCAUCCAGGGAGUCAACCCCGGAGUGAGCAGCACCAAACUAGAGCAGCGCUUCAGAGAGCUCCAGAGGGCCCGGGAGAGGAGCACAGGGGGGCUGACCAACGGCGCAGAGGCAGAGGCAGAGGGCAGGAGGACUGGCAGAGCAAUCAGGAACGAGAGGGUCUCCAGGGCCGACUUCAUCCAGGUGUUCCACGACUUCUGCACGCGCCCAGAGAUCUACUUUCUGCUCGUGCAGUUCUCCAGCAACAAGGAGUACCUGGACACCAAAGACCUGUGCCGGUUCCUGGAAGCUGAGCAGGGCAUGGCUCAUGUGACCGAGGACACAGCCCUGAAGCUGAUCCAGGCCCAUGAGCCCUCGGCACAGGGCCGGCAGCAGGCCUUCCUCUCCUUGGACGGCUUCAGCAGCUACCUGACCUCCCCUGAGUGCCACCUGUUCGACCGCGACCACAAGUUGGUGUGCCAGGACAUGAGCCAGCCCCUGUCUCACUACUUCAUCAGCGCCUCCCACAACACCUACCUCAUCGAGGACCAGUACCGCGGGCCCUCCGACCUCUCGGGCUACAUCCGGGCGCUGCGCAUGGGCUGCCGAUGCGUGGAGGUGGAUGUAUGGGACGGGGACGGAGACGAGCCCUUAGUCUGUGCGGGACACACCCUCUCCCCUCCCCUGGUCUUUCACUGCGUCUUGGAAGCCAUCGGGCGAUUCGCUUUCGUCUCCUCGGAUUAUCCGCUCAUCCUGUGCCUGGAGAACCACUGCUCGCUCCGGCAGCAGAAGGUCAUGGUGGGCCACUUGUUGAGGAUAUUGGGGGAUAAGUUGUACCGUGAUGAACCUAAGGAAGGGGAUAUGUACUUACCAUCGCCACAAGCCUUAAAACAUCGGAUUUUACUCAAGGGUAAGAAGUUGGGGUUGGGUGUAGCGGAGGAGGGGGAGGUGAGCGAGGAGGACGAAGGAGCAGACAUGGUUGCAAAAAUGAAAGUGACAAAUAAUGGAGAGAAGGAGCAGAAAAACGUAUCGCUAAAUGUCUCCGCUCAAGCUAGCCCUCAGAAAACUCCACCCAGGAAGUUCAGGCUCCUCAAGGAGUUGUCGGACCUGGUGACGCUCUGCAGCUCGGUGCACUUUGUGGACUUCCAGACCUCCUCCAGAACUCAGAAGCCAUGGGAGAUGUGUUCACUCCACGAGGCCCUUGCACUGAGGCUGGCAGGGGAGAACCCGGGGGACUUUGUGAAUCAUAACAAACACUACCUGACGCGCGUCUACCCCAGCCCUAUGCGUGUGGACUCCAGCAACAUGAACCCGCUGGACCUGUGGAAGUGCGGCUGCCAACUGGUGGCCAUGAACUUCCAGACGGCCGGGCUAAUGAUGGACCUGGUGGCCGCGUGGUUCCGGCAGAAUGGGAACUGUGGCUACGUGCUCCGGCCAGAAAUCAUGAGGCAGGAGGUGUCCUACUUCAGUGCAGACACCAGGGACUCUGUGCCUGGGGUGUCUCCACAGCUGCUGCAUAUCAAGGUGAUCAGUGGUCAGAACCUGCCCAAACCUAAAGGCUCCGGGGCCAAAGGAGACGUGGUGGACCCUUACGUGUAUGUGGAGGUGCAUGGGAUCCCAGCAGACUGCACUGAAAGAAGAACCAGGACUGUCACCCACAACGGAGACAAUCCCAUCUUCGACGAGAGCUUUGACUUCCAGAUCAACCUGCCCGAGCUGGCCAUGGUGCGCUUCGUGGUGCUGGACGACCACUUCAUCGGGGACGAGUUCAUAGGUCAGUACACCAUCCCUCUGGAGUGCCUCCUUCCUGGGUACAGACACGUGCCCCUGCAGUCCCUUACCGGAGAAGAGCUGCCCCAUGCUUGCCUCUUUGUCCAUGUGGCCCUGACCAACCGCCGAGGGGGUGGCAAGCCUCACAAACGUGGCCUGUCUGUGCGCAAGGCUCGCAAGGGAAGAGAGUACACCGCCCUGAGGGAUUUAGGACUACGGCCCGUGGACGAGGCAUUCAAGAUGGCCGCCCCACUGCUGAGAGAGGCCACCGACCUCAGGGAGAACAUGCAGAACUCCAUUGGCCUGUUCCGUGAACUGUGUGGGGUAUCAGCAGUGGCUAGCCUCAUGCAGUGUGUGUUGGCCCUCAGCUCCACCGUGUCGGGACCAGACGGAGCCCCUCUGCUGCUGUUUGACCUCAGGGACCAGUACCCCACCCUGGAGGCUUUGGGGCCCCUGCCAGACAUCCUACGCCGGCUCGUCACCACCUACGAGCUGAUGGUGCAGGCGUGCAGAGCAGUGAUGGAGCAGUGUGAUGGGCUACACCAGAGGAUCCUCCACAUCCAGACCUCAGCCAUGGAGUUUCACGAGGGGCUGCAGAGCAUGGCCACGAGGGAGGGGCUGAAAGGUCGAAAGGUCAACAGGGCACUGGAGAGCUUCAGCUGGAACAUCACCAUCCUCAAGGGCCAGGCUGACCUCCUGAAGCACGCCAAGGCUGAGGUGCAGGAGAACAUGAAGCAAAUCCAUGACGCCGCUCGCACCGGCAACUUGUGCAAGCAGAGUCCAGGGACCCGGAGAGUGCAAGUCCAGUCCAGGGCUAGUCCAGACCAGAGGAGAGCCCAGGACCAGAUCAGGGCCCAGGACCAGACCAGAGCCAGCCCGGACCACAGGAGGGGUCACCAUGGUGCCAGGGGGACAUCCACAUGAGAGCCAAUCAGGAGAGAGCUCUGGACAUGUGACGACCAAUCGAGAGAGAGGUCUGACUAUUUAAGGACUAAUCAGGAGAGAGACAGAAGUGGACCGACGUGAGCUCUACUGCUGUCACGCUGCUGUCAUAGCGACCACUCCUCCUGGUCAGAGCUGCAGGAGGAUGUCUCUUUGCUCUCUUUCUUUCUUUCUCUUUCUCUCUUACUCGCGCUAUCUCUACCCUUUUCUUUUCCCUUUCUCUCCUACCUCUAAACCACCUUUCCUUUCUCUCUCCCCCUUCUCCACUCUCUCCUCUCUUUCUCUCCCUCUCUAAGCCCUUGGUCUCUCACCUGUCUUCUUCUUCUUAUACUCACCUCACUGCUCUCUCCCUCCUUCCCCUCUCUUCUCACUCUCCUCUCUCCCCUCUCCUCUCUUAUCUCUCUCUCCUCCCUCCCUCCCUCCCUCCCUCCCUCCCCUCUCUUCUCUCUUAUCUCUCCCUCCUCUCUCUCUCCCUCACUCCCCUCUCUUUUCUCUCUCUCCUCUCUCCCCUCUUCCGCCCCUCUCUUCUCUCUCUCCUCUCUCCCUCCCCUCUCUUCUCUCUUAUCUCUCUCUCCUCCCUCCCUCCCCUCUCUUCUCUCUUAUCUCUCUCUCCUCUCUCUCUCUCCUCUCUCCCUCCCCUCUCUUCUCUCUCUCUCCUCUUUCCCUCCCCUCUCUUCUCUCUCCUCUCUCUCUCCUCUCUCCCUCCCCUCUCUCCUCUCUGUCUCCUCUCUCCCUCCCCUCUCUUAUCUCUCUCUUCUCUCCCUCUCUGUGGGAGCCUGAAUGUAGUGAAGCCAUUGGACAGUCACACUCUGUUGCUGUGUCACUGUUACCUGUACAUAUCUGUAUCUGUGCCAUGUCUGCGCUGUUUGUCUCAAACAUCAUUUUGAUAAAACCAAAUCAGGAAACCAACCAACGCAAAAAUCCAACUCAAGAUCACGUAGCAGUAUUUUGAAUCCAAGUGUCAUAAGUGUCUGUGCGGGCCGGAGACAAGGGGACACACGGAGAACAGGGGACUGUAGGAUACACCAGCAUUUGUUAAUCUAUUGUUUGGGACUUAACUAACUUUUAGUUAGUUAAGUUAGUUUUUGCAGACUAAAUUACUUUUUGCUUAUACCAUGGUCUGUGAGAAUUCUAAGGCUAACUGUCAUUCAUUAUUUUGGUAUAACCGCAUAGACUGUCCGGCAACAGUUAAUCUAUUGUUGUGUUUCAGAUUACGUCACAUCUGUAGGCCCAAUAAUAUUUAAUUUAAUAUAACGGUCAAUGUGAUCACCAUAGCAACAGGUAAACAAAUGUACUACUGUUUGAAGGGACUAGCUUGAACUAAGACAAAAAAUAACUUUGUAGAGACUUUGAACCUUCAUGGACAGUUAAAAGGUUGUCAGGUUUAAAAGUGAACUAUUUUCAGAUUGUGUGACCAUGGUGUAAGCGGAUUUCAUAUUGUUUUGCCCUUCCAAUAACAUUGACUUAAAAAUUAUGAAUCAGAUGUUAUGUCCAGACAGUUAAUCCUCCAAAAUACUUUUUUUCUUUUUUACUUUUUACUUGGACCACUACUUUGUCCUUCUACUGGAGUAUAAUUUUGAAGUAACAAAACUCUUUACUUGAAUAUUAACAGCCAAGGAACAAGAACUAGUGAAGCAAAUAACUUUUCCAAUACGUAAUGUGCCCUGUCUCCUCACCUGUCUGUGGCCCUGUCCCCCCUCACCUGUCUAAGGUUCCCUAUCCCUGUCCCCAGCCCCUGUCCCUCCUCACCUGCCCAAUCUCCAGCUCAGUCUUUGCUCACCUGUCCAAUGACCCCUGGCCCCUGUGCCCUUCCCUCAACAGCCCAAUGUCCCCUGUCUCCUCACCUGUCUCCUCACCUGUCCCACGCCCUUGUACCUUCACUCCGGUCCAGUGUCCCCUGUCUUUGGCCCUGUCCUCUGCCUGUCUACCCUUUAACUGCGGUUGUUAUAAAGUGUCCUCUAUUUUUUUAAUUUCUCUUCCAAACUUGCGCGCUUCUGUGAUGGUUUAAAACAUUGUACAGUAUUUUCAGAAGGAUUGAGUUUUGCUGUGAGAUAUUUGACAGAACAUUCCAGACUGAAGUGACAGUGCGAUACAUCUCAUCACAACCAACUACAAGUAAU